AUGGCCCAGCCAACCGCCGAGCCGGUCGAGGAAGAAUACGACUAUGAAUCUCUGCCACCCAACUUCUCCCUGCUCCAAAACAUGGCGGCAGGGGCUUUUGCAGGCAUAGCAGAGCACACCGUCAUGUACCCGAUCGAUGCCAUCAAGACGCGCAUGCAGGUCCUGAACCCUACAGCGUCUACCGCGUACAAUGGAGUCAUCCAGGGGACCUACAAGAUGGCCACCGGAGAAGGCUUUCUCAGUCUCUGGCGAGGCAUGUCCAGCGUCGUUGCGGGUGCGGGACCCGCGCACGCCGUUUACUUUGCGACGUAUGAGGCCGUCAAGCAUGUCAUGGGCGGCAACCAGGCUGGUGUGCACCACCCUCUAGCGGCAGCGACCAGCGGAGCCUGCGCGACCAUUGCCAGUGAUGCCCUCAUGAACCCCUUUGAUGUCAUCAAGCAGCGCAUGCAGAUCCAGAACUCGGCCAAGAUGUACCGAUCCAUGACCGACUGCGCACGAUACGUCUACAAGUCCGAGGGCCUGGGCGCCUUCUACGUGUCCUACCCCACAACGCUCUCCAUGACAGUGCCUUUCACCGCGCUGCAGUUCCUCGCCUACGAGUCCAUCUCGACGACGAUGAACCCGGACAAGACGUACGACCCGACAACGCACUGUGUGGCUGGUGGUGUCGCCGGCGGUUUCGCCGCUGCGCUCACCACACCCAUGGAUGUCAUCAAGACGAUGCUGCAGACAAGAGGCACCGCCACGGACCCCGAGCUGAGGACAGUCAACGGAUUCAUGGCCGGCUGCCGGCUGCUUCUGCGCCGCGAGGGCCCACGUGGCUUCUUCAAGGGAAUCGGUCCCCGUGUCGUUACGACCAUGCCCAGCACGGCCAUCUGCUGGUCAGCGUACGAGGCCUCCAAGGCCUACUUCAUUCGUCGCAACGAUAAGCUGUAAGGCGGUCCUCCUACCUCUAGCAAGGCUGAAUCGGGGGGGUGGAGGGUUGGGAGGUACAUUGACGGCUCAAUCCCGCAUAUUGCACCUGGAUUCCCGACGAAAGAAGGGUGUCAGGAUUUUGGCGACGACGGAUCCUUGCAUUCACCUUCAGGUUGCAAAGUCGAUACAGCACGUUCUCAAAAGAAGUCACGGAGCGCAUCUGAAAUGCCGAAGCAUGCUGCCCACCCCGAGUACAAUACCACCCAACGACGAAGGCAUGGCAUCGACAGCAAGGAAAGGAACACGCGUCCGGUGCGGCGUAUCGUGGACAUUGCAGGCAGAGAGGAGGGGGACGACGGGAGAAGCCGCCAUCGUGAUCAUCCAUCACGCGCAGCUCGCGGCGGUCAAUGUGUAAAUAUUAUGUGUGUAAUCUGAGGGGUUGUGGGAAAUCAACCUUGGUCAAUCGAAGCGUCAUAGACGCGCUCUUUGAGCGAUGCUACCU